AUGGCAUUGCGUAUUUUAGAUUUUUGGGCAGGCUUUAUGUGCGAUUAUCAGAAUUUCAACAAGGUGAACAAGGACAUAGUCAAGCAUAUCCGCUUCGGUAUACCGCCGUCCAUUCGUGGCAUGGUGUGGCAAUUAUUAGCAGGGUCUAAAAAUGAGGCUUCAGUGUCAGACUACAUCCAUUUGUUGAAGCAAACCAGUCCCUACGAUAAAAUGAUACAGCGUGAUUUAGCAAGAACUUUUCCUGGACAUACUUAUUUCAAGGAUACAGAUGGGCAGGGUCAAGAAGGUCUCUAUAAUGUAGUGCGAGCCUACAGCUUACAUGAUGAUAAAGUAGGCUACUGUCAGGGCCUUGCAUUUAUUGUUGGCCCAAUGUUAUUGAAUAUGCCAGAUGAAGACGCUUUUUGUUUACUGAUUCAGCUCAUGGAAAAGUACGGUCUACGAGGGCACUUUACACCUGAAAUGGAAGGGCUCCAGCUACGACUGUAUCAAUUUGAUGCAUUAAUGCAAGAGCACUUUCCACAUAUUGCACGUCAUUUGAAACAGCAAGGCAUAAAUUCGACGAUGUAUGCCUCACAAUGGUUUAUGACAUUAUUUGCGUACAAGUUCCCUUUGAAUUUAGUCUUCCGUAUCUAUGACGUGAUUUUUACAGAGGGCAUAAGCUCUAUUUUCAAGUUUGGCCUUGCCCUACUGAAACGAAAUCAGACAACGAUACUUGGGCUUGAUUUUGAACAAUUAUUAAAUUUCUUAAAAGACGGUUUAUUCGAGGAUUACAAAACGGAUGACAGGCGUUUUGUAAGUGAUGCAUGUGAGUUGGUUAUUCCAGCCAAAAAACUAUCGCAGUUAGCCAAAGAGUACAAGCAGCAACUGAAGAAAGAACAAGCAGACGCCAAUACUAUGGAGGAAUUUCAAAGAUUGAAUCUGACACUAAAAAAAGAUUUGGAGGAUCUAGAAACCAAGACAAAUGAAACAAAGCGAGAAAAAGAGGAUGUUGAUAUUCAGUUACGAGAAACAAUAAAUGAAUUACGUUCAUUGCAAGAUGAGCAUACAUCAUUAGCCACGUUGGUUUCCUCACUAAAAGAUGCAAUUAACACUCUUCCACGAAAAAUCGAAGCGGCAGCUACCCAUCACGACGAAUUUGAAAAGCUUUGUAAUGAAAAUGCAGAACUGACCAGUAAGAAUUCGAAUUUAGAAGAUCAAUUACAAAAGGCGGAAGCAACAUUGAUUGAUAUCAAAAUGCAAUAUGCAGAAAGUGAAAAUGAAAGAGAAGAAUUACAUAAGCGACUCUUUGAAUUAAAAAAGAUAAUGAGCUUUUAA